AUGCCGUCCCCAAGCAAGGGCAGGUCCCCGGAGGAUGGGUUCCUUUUUGUACCCAUCACCCACCCGAGCGAGUCCAAGGCCUGGAAGAAAAAGGUCAGAUCGCAUGCCGCACGAAAUCCAAAGGCCCGUCAGCAGCGGGUAGCCGCCUAUCAGCAGUCAACCACACCCCCUCAUGGUGGUCAACUCUCCCUCGGCCAAGGUUUGGUAGAAGACUCCCCGGCUCGCCCGUCGAUCCAGUCUGUGAGGUCAUGGCUUGUCACGACCCUCAAAAACGGCUCGCGUUCCGGCCACACCCCCCUUCUCGCCAACAGCCCAAUAUCAAUGCUGGGCGCCGCUAGAACAGAUCCAUUCAAUACCUUCGUUAGGAGGGUCACCAUCCAGGAGCAAGGGCUUCUUGACCACUUUCUUCAUAGCAUGGCGUUGUUAGAGUUGAUUCGUUUGCCAGACAUGGAAUUGAUGGUGCAAGGCGAAAGGACUGCAUUCUGCAAGACGAUGACCACCUACUGGGUGCAGUCAGCCCUCUCUGACCCGGGAAUGCUUUCGUUGGUACUUCUUUGGUCAAUGCGACACCUUGCCACCGUACGCGAGCAGGGCUACUCCGACCCCAUGAUGACGAUGUACAAGAUGGAGACCAUCCGUCAGCUCAACGCAUCAAUAACCAGAGAGGGGAACAACAUCAGUAACCUCACCAUGGCCAAGAGCCUCUGCUUGGCAUCAGACGCUAAUUUGGUUGGAGAACCUGAAGUUGCCGAAAAGCACAUGAAAGCUGUGGAGCGCAUGGCUCUGUUGGCGACCGGAGGAAUGAAGGCAGUUGAAGGAGAAUGGGAUGGCGCGCUCAAUGAUCUGACAAUGUUCUUCAGCGAAAAUGAUGAAUCGCCGGCUCACAUAGCACAGGUUAAUCUCAGCUUUAAAUCGGAGAAACCACAAAGGCUAGGGGGAGUGGCCCGGAACAUGGACUAUGUACUACGUCCGACGAGAACUUCCUGA